GCACAAAGAAAGACGAGAAGUAAAACGUCACCACUCAACACUAACCCCAAUUUCCUCUCUCUCUCAUCGCCCGCCAAUUUCCCCCAAAAAACCCCUAAUUUCAAAAUCAAACCGCCAUUUCCCCCAAAUCUCACUUCCUCUCUCUCUCCUCUCCAAACUCUCUGCGAUUCCGAAACCCUAGAAAUCAUGCCGGCGUUAACAUCGCCGGGGAAAAUCCUCCGAUUAGAGCUAGAAAACUUCAAAUCCUACAAAGGUCACCAAGUAAUUGGACCUUUCUACGAUUUCACCGCCAUAAUUGGCCCUAAUGGCGCCGGAAAAUCCAAUCUCAUGGAUGCCAUUAGCUUCGUUCUCGGAGUUCGCUCUGGCCAACUUCGUGGCGCUCAGCUCAAGGACCUCAUUUACGCUUACGACGACCGCGAGCGAGAGCAGCGCGGUCGCCGUGCUUAUGUUAUGCUGGUGUAUGCGCUUUCUUCUGGUGCUGAGAUUCACUUCACUCGUACUAUUACGAGUUCAGGUGGUAGUGAGUAUCGGAUUGAUGGUAGGGUGGUUACUUGGGAUCAGUAUAAUGAGAAGUUGAGGGAACUUGGAAUUCUUGUCAAAGCUCGGAAUUUCCUUGUUUUCCAGGGAGAUGUGGAGUCGAUUGCGUCCAAGAAUCCCAAAGAACUGACAGGACUACUUGAGCAGAUUUCUGGUUCUGAGGAGCAAAAGAAGGACUAUGAGGAGUUGGAAGAACAGAAAGCCAGGGCAGAAGAAACGUCAGCUCUUGUUUAUCAACGUAAGAAAACAAUAGUUGGGGAGAGGAAACAGAAAAAGGAGCAAAAGGAAGAAGCAGAAAGACAUCUUCGCUUGCAAGAAAAAUUGAAAAGCUUGAAGAAGGAACAUUUCCUCUGGCAGAUUUAUAACAUAGAAAGAGAUAUAAACAAGAUUAAUGAGGAAAUUGAAGCUGAGAAAGAAAGCCAGCAACAGCUUGUUGAAGAACAAAACACUUACGAACAGGAAAAGCGUGAAAAAGAGAAAGAGCUGGCUAAAUACCAGAAAGAGAUAAAUAAACUUGAAAGAAAAAUUGUAGAGAAGAAUAAUAAACUUGACAAGAAUCAUGAACUCUUGAAGUUGGAGCAGGAAAUGAAACGCAUAAAAUCAAAAAUGAAGAGUACUCAAAAGGAGCUUGACAAAAAGAGAGAAGAAAAGAAAAAACAUGCUGGAAAAGUAGAGAAGCUUAAGGCAGACUUGUUGGUUUUAACUCAACGAUUAAAAGACAUGGAGGAAAGUGGACCUGAUGUUGGGGGGAAAGUCCAAUUGACAGAAACUGAAUUGCAAGAAUACUACCGGAUUAAGGAGGAAGCAAUGAAUAAAACUGUGAAGUUGAGAGAUGAAAAAGAGGUUCUGGAUAGGCAACACAGGACAGAUAUCGAGGCUCAAAAAAACUUGGAUGAGAAUCUUCAGCAGUUGAAAAGCCGAUUUGAGGAACUGAAUUCACAAGAGGAGGAAAUGAAUGCAAGACUAAAUAGAGAUCAACUGGCGUCAAAGGAUCAUGAGAAAGAGAUGAAACGCUUGAAAAAGGAACGCGAGGAGAUGCGGAACAAAAGUCAAAAAUCAAGGACUCAGUAUGAUAGACUGAAAUUACUAUUAGGUGAAGUAGAAAAUCAGUUGCGUGAAUUGAAGGCUGACAGACAUGAAAAUGAGAGGGAUGUAAGACUGUCUCAAACUGUUGAUACUCUUAAGCGCCUUUUUUCUGGUGUCCAUGGUCGAAUGACGGAGCUUUGUCGUCCUACACAAAAGAAAUAUAACUUGGCUGUAACUGUUGCUAUGGGGAAGUUCAUGGAUGCUGUGGUAGUUCAGGAUGAGCAUACUGGAAAGGAGUGCAUAAAGUACUUGAAAGAGCAGAGGCUUCCCCCCCAGACUUUCAUCCCUCUUCAAUCGGUCCGGGUGAAGCCAGUCAUUGAGAGGUUGCGGACAUUAGGUGGUACGGCAAAGUUGGUCUAUGAUGUGAUACAGUUUGAUCCAGCUUUGGAGAAAGCAGUUUUGUUUGCUGUCGGGAAUACUUUAGUUUGUGACAAUCUUGAUGAAGCCAAGCGUCUAAGCUGGACAGGGGAAAGACAUAAAGUUGUAACUACCGAUGGCAUUCUCCUCACCAAAGCUGGUACUAUGACUGGUGGCACUACUGGUGGAAUGGAGGCAAGGUCAAACAAAUGGGAUGACAAGAAAAUUGAAGGGCUUAAGAAAAAGAAAGAACAAUAUGAAUCUGAGCUGGAGUCUACGGAGUCGCCCAGGGAAAUGCAUCUGAGAGAGACAGAGGUCUCUGUAAAGAUUAGUGGCUUGGAAAAGAAGAUGAAGUAUGCAGAAAUAGAAGAGAAAAGUAUUCGGGACAAACUAAAGAAAUUGGCAAAUGAAAAGAGGAACAUCGAAGAAGAAAUCCGCAGGAUUGAGCCUGAUCAUGCAAAUUUAGCUGCUGCUAUCAAGAAGAGGAAUGGAGAAAUAAAGAAGUUGGAGACAAGGAUAAAUGAUAUUGUUGAUCAUAUCUACAAAGAUUUUAGGGAAGCUGUUGGUGUUGAUAUCCGGGCAUAUGAGGAGACACAACUCACAGCUGAUGCAGAGACCUUUGAGGAAAAGGCCUCAUUGCGUAACCAAAUAUCAAAGCUUAAGUAUCAGAUGGAGUAUGAGCAGAACCAGGAUUUGGAAUCACAAAUUACGCAGAUUCAGUCAUCACUUGAUGCUUUGAAAGAUGAACUCAAUAACCUUCAGAACAAAGAAGUUGAAGCUAAGUUAGAAAUGGAGAGUAUUACCACCGAGAUCAAUCAAAUAAAGGAUGAGUUACAAGAGUGGAAGUCCAAGCUUGAAGAAUGUGAACGUGGCAAGCAUGAAAUACAGAAAAAGAUCUCCCGUGGCAUGACAAAUUUAGAUAAACUGAACCGUCAAAUUAAUGUUAAGAAAACGCAAAUUGAUACUCUCUCAUCAAGGAAACAGGAGAUAAUUGAGAAGUGUGAUUUAGAGCAAAUAAGUCUGCCCACAGUCUCGGACCCAAUGGAAACUGAUUCCAGCCAAGGUCCAGUUUAUGAAUUUGGUGAGCUGGAUAGAUCCCUGCAGAAGGAUAUGAGGCCAUCUGAACGGGAAAAGCAGGAAGCUGAUUUUAAACACAAGAUUGAUGCGCUCGUAUCAGAUAUUGAAAGAUCAGCCCCUAAUCUGAAGGCUCUUGACCAGUAUGAGGCUCUAAAACAAAAGGAGGAUCUUGUAAGUAAGGAAUUUGAUGCUGCUCGAAAAGAAGAGAAAGAAAUAGCUGACAAAUUCAAUGCAGUCAGAGAUCAAAGAUACAAGAAGUUUAUGGAUGCUUUUAACCAUAUUUCAAAUAACAUUGACAAGAUAUACAAACAAUUGACCAGAAGCCAGACACAUCCACUUGGGGGGACAGCAUAUCUGAAUCUGGAAAACGAGGAUGACCCGUUUUUAUAUGGUAUCAAGUACACUGCUAUGCCUCCAACAAAACGGUUUCGUGAUAUGGAACAGCUCUCUGGUGGUGAAAAGACUGUUGCUGCUCUGGCAUUGCUCUUCUCUAUACACAGUUUUAAGCCAUCACCAUUCUUCAUUUUGGAUGAGGUUGAUGCGGCUUUAGAUAAUCUAAACGUUGCCAAGGUAGCUGGAUUCAUCCGGUCAAAAUCCUGUGGAGGAGCCCGACUUGACCAGGAUGCUGAUGGAGGCUGUGGUUUCCAAAGUAUUGUGAUAUCGCUAAAGGACAGCUUUUAUGACAAGGCUGAAGCUUUAGUUGGGGUUUACAGGGAUUCUGAGCGAAGUUGUUCCAGCACGCUGACGUUUGACCUGACAAAAUACCGAGAAUCUUGAGAAUACAAGAAGCCCUUGUACAUACCUUUCACAUUUUAUGCUCACUCUUUAUCUCUGCCAAAGGUUGGUGUACAGAAUGUUAGUACAUUUCACCCUCUUGUUGUCCAUCUUCGUUUUAGGUCUUGUAAAUGGCUGGUUUUUGCUAACCACCCAGAAAUGUCUUGUAUGUUAUGUAGUGCAUAUACCAACAUUGCUGCCCGUGUCAUUAGAUUGUGAAGUCUUGGAUUCUAUUCUUUCCAAGGAACACUUUAGUUAAGUUUCAAUGUUAAAGAAUAUAAUAAAUUAGUCGUUUUGAUUA